AUGACCGAUGAGGUGGCUGUCACUACUGCACCUCCUGUGACUGGCGAAGUGACCAUCAGCACGGCAGCUGGGGAAGCUCCCGGUAGAGACAAGGAUGACUCUGAUGCUACCACCAAGGUCACUACGGAGGCUGCAACUGUCACGACUACGAUCGGUGCUCCUGUUGAGCCUACUACUAUCACGUCCCCUUUCCCGGUCAGCACAGCUGCUGUGACCGAUGAGGUUGCUGUCACUACUGCAGCUCCUGUGACUGGCGAAGUGACCAUCAGCACGGCAGCUGGGGAAGCUCCCGGUAGAGACAAGGAUGACUCUGAUGCUACCACCAAGGUCACUACGGAGGCUGCAACUGUCACGACUACGAUCGGUGCUCCUGUUGAGCCUACUACUAUCACGUCCCCUUUCCCGGUCAGCACAGCUGCUGUGACCGAUGAGGUUGCUGUCACUACUGCAGCUCCUGUGACUGGCGAAGUGAUCAUCAGCACGGCAGCUGGGGAAGUUCCGGGAAGAGACAAGGAUGAUGCUGAUGCUACCACCCCGAUCGCUACUGAGACUGCGACUGUCGCUACUACGAUCAGUGCUUCUGUUGAGCCUACUACUAUUAUGACGUCCCCUCAACCGGUCAGUACGCCCGCUGUGACCGAUGAGGUCGCUGUCACUACUGCGGCUCCUGUGACUGGCGAGGUGACUAUCACCACGGCAGCUGGAGAAGCUCCGGGAAGAGACAAGGAUGACUCUGAUGCUACCACCCAGGUCGCUACGGAGGCUGCGACUGUCACGACUACGAUCGGUGCUCCUGUUGAGCCUACUACUACUAUAACGUCCCCUUUCCCG